CCGUUAGUACAGUUUCUGGAGAAUCGGGAAUUCCAGGCAGGUAUCCAUUGAUAGUGUUAUCGAUCGUUGCACGACGGUCAUCUUUGCUAAGAGUAGGACGACCAGUUAGUACAGUUUCUGGAGAAUCGGGAAUUCCAGAUUAAAAAAGAGAAUAGAAGAUGCCUUUUACAAGUCCAGAAGAGUUAAGAAUAGUUAUGGUAGGAAAAACCGGGGCGGGCAAAAGCGCCACGGGAAACAGUCUGCUGGAGACUAGGCUAUUCAAAUCCAACAAUUAUGGGGCGUCUGUCACCGUAGAUUGUAAAUUUGGAAACAGGCAUCUUAACAAUGGGAAAAAGUUGGUUGUCAUCGAUACACCAGGAAUAUUCGACACCAGGAAAAGCAACCUUGAAACAUCAAAAGAAGUUAUAAGAUGUAUCGGUCUAUCGUCGCCAGGUCCUCACGUUUUUCUCUUCGUUCUGAAGAUCGGUCGCUUUACCCAGGAAGAGAUGGACACGAUUCAACAUCUCAAAGAUUUGUUUGGAGAAGACGUAGUCGAUUUUGUGGUCAUUUUAUUCACUGGCAAGGACUCACUUGAUUACGAUGGUAUGACCAUUCAUGAACAUAUCCAGCAUUGUCCACCAGAUCUACAAUCACUGGUUGCCCAGUGCCAUGGGAGAAUAGCUACCAUUAACAACCGAGCAAAACCACCGGCAUUAGCAAUGGAUGUUAAAGGUAUUCUAGAUUUAAUGGCGGAGACCGUGAGACAAAAUGGCGGAAAGUACUACACUGGAGAGAUGUUUGAAGGAGCAGAAAGGGCAUAUCAAGAAAAACUUCGACUUCUCGAGGAAGAGAAAAACAAGAAAGAGCGGGAACUAGAACAAAAAGAGCGGGAAAUUGAGGAAGAGGCGAAGAGAAAGAUGAAAGAAAUUGAAGCGAUGAAACUAGAACACAAUGAAGAGAAAGAAGAAUUAGAGAGAAUUAAGAAAAGACAACGUCAAAAAGAGCAGGAAUUAGAAGACGAACGCGAGAAAAUAAAGAAUAUCGAUCCGAGACAAGAAUAUCGAGAGGAUGUGGCGGCGAAAGAUGGCGCCAUUGUUGAUAUUGCUCGAGGUAUAGAAAAGGUUGGGCGUGGCAUUGGACGGGGCGUCAAAGACGCGUGGAAUGGAAUCGUUGGUUGGUUUAGUUAGAUCGUAAGUUAGCCGAAGUCGGUCUUACCCGUAGCCCAACACACGAAUUGGAACUCAAGUUGGCGCACCUUUAAGCUGAUAAUAAUGGUUACUGUUUCAUUUAAAACUAUAGACUGUGUUGUAUAUUUGAUGUCAAAUGAAAUAUUUUAAAGAUACAUUAUGUAACAGCUAAAUUUAUCUAUGACAGGUCUUUUUAUCACUUUAUUCACAUGACAAACCGAAAAUCAACUCGCGAGACCAUCGGAUGGCCGUGGUAUUAAACGGAUAAAACACAUCGCCAUUUAAUAAUUUCAUUUUAAACUGGAAAAUUCAGACUGUAUCGUUAAAAUUUCAAACUCUGAAAUUUUCAUUAUAUUCAAUUUUCACAGUCUGUUUGAACUAUUAUAUCAGGAACGGCCAGCUCUGUAUCUAAAUCUACACACAUUGUAAUGCAUCUCUAUCUAAGUCUACAUAAUGCAUCUUUAUGUAAAUCUACAUAAUGCAUCUCUAUCUAAAUCUACAUAAUGCAUCUUUAUGUAAAUCUACAUAAUGCAUCUCUAUGUAAAUCUUCAUAAUGCAUCUUUAUGUAAAUCUGCAUAAUGCAUCUUUAUAUGAAUCUACAUACAUUGUAAUGCAUCUUUAUAUAAAUCUACAGACAUUGUAAUGCAUCUUUAUAUGAAUCUUACAUUAUGCAUCUUUAAAUUAUCUUAUGCUUAUUAUUAAAAAUGUUAUUACUGU